AAUAGAAGCACACCCACAUAGACAUUGUGACGAACUUAGCACCAAGAACAAUGGGUUUCCUCUCCGAACAAGAACUGAAGAAGAUGAAGGUGAAGAAGGGUUGGCUUGCGGUUGAGGUAGAAGAAGAAUCGGAAGAGGGUGGUUGUGGCGAAGGCUCUCACAGAUUUAUGAUUCCAAUUUCUUAUCUUUAUCAUCCUCUCUUCAAGAACCUUCUGGAUAAGGCGUACGAGGUUUACGGGUACCACACCCAAGGUCCUCUCAAGCUCCCGUGUUCAGUUGAUGACUUUCUUCAUCUCCGAUGGAGAAUCCACAAAGAAGCCACCACCACCCACCAUCUUCAUCAUCACCAACCUCAUCAUCGUCAACUUUCUCACUCCUUCUCUUUCACCUCUUGUUGAUUUCCACUUUCUUCAACACCGCUCUGUAAUUACACACUGGAAGAGAUCAAAGUUUGCACUGCAUGCUCAAGUUUUUCUUUUCUCUCUCUUUUUCGUUUCUUUCUAUAUCAUCGGAUACGCCACGUGUGGUUCAUGUUCAUGUUCAUGUUCAUGUUCAUGUUCAUCCACUGUACAGAAAAUUAGAACUGGUUAGUAAAACAAGAAAAAGAAAAAUCUGACUUUUAGUGAUGUAAUUUUGGUUUGCCAAUGGUUUUCCGAUCUGAGAACAAGACAUGGUUAUUGAUUCAGGUUG